AUGAAGAAUGACAUAUAGAGAAAGAAGGUUUAGAAAAGUGACUUACUUGAUAAGGAAUAGAUAGCUAGGUCUAAUAGACAUAUCAAUAAUCGGUUGAAAACACAUGAAUUUAAUGAAAAUGGUAAAUAAACUAUUACUCAAAGUUAUAUUAGAGAAACUCUACGAGAUCAAAAAGUAAAACCAAAAGCUCCUCGAUAGAUUAAUGGAGAUUUCUUAGGCAGAACUGCAAAAACAGAUGGAAUGACAAGAAAUGGAGGUGGUUAAUUUUAAACAAUAAGUCACGGAAUAUAUGAUUUAGGCUAAAAACAAUCUAACGAAUAAGAUGAUUUUAAGAAUGACAUAAGUGCGAAUUAGUAACAAUAAAUGUCUCAUAUGUAGAGUGUGAUGUCUGGAGCUAAAUCAGCCAUGCUAGUUUAGAGAUCAUUACAUUACGUUUCUAAGAAAAGAGAGGCUGAAAGAAUCGAUUAUGAAAAUAAGAAAAUCAUGUCUCAUAUCUUGAAACAAGCUCCUGCUGUUUCAGUGAAGAAAUUAGAAUAAGAAUACCGGAAAAGAUUGUAAUUCAAGAAAAUUUUAUAAAAGACACAGCCCCUUCCUAUUGAAGGUUUCAUUAGAAAAAGAAAGGAUAUUCAAAACAACUUGCCUCCAGUAUCAUUAAGGAAUUCAAAAAAUGUUGACAAUUAAAGACUUUAUACUGAAGGAGAUAUCACGAGCAAUGAAAAGAUUCCAAUAGAUGGUGAGGAAGUAAGACAAUCUUAAUCUGAAAUGGCGGAAAUGCUUUUAACUAAGAGAGGGGGUGUAAGAAACCCAUAUUAAUUAGGUUUUGGAAAUGGUACCUAUUAUUAAAAGCAAUUAAGGACUCUUGAAGCAAGUCCUUCCGGAUUGAAGCGAAACUCAGUAAAUUAAAGCCCAAAUAGGGUAGGUUCUAUUCAAAAAAACACUAAGGCUGCGAUGAAUCAAAUCUAUAUUCCUUCAAAAAUGAGAGGGCAAAGUCCAAAGCCUAAGCUUUCUAAGACUUAGAAUAGUUUUAAUACCUCAAGGAAAGAGAUCAACAUCUAAGAAUCACCAAACCAAAAUUAAGAGCCAGCAGUAUAAAUGGAUGAAACUAAACAUAGUGAAAUAUCUCAAAAGAAAAAAUCUCUUCACUCAAAGACUUCAUCUAUUUAAAAAAAUAGUUCUAUUAAGAAGUAAAAAACUAACUAAACCAUUUCUGAUAAGCCAAAUGACAUACUAAUGAAUUAAAGCAUAAAAGAUGAGCAAGAAUCUUUAGUUUUGAGAUAAGGCAGUCUAAAAAGCUAGAUAUCAAAUUCAAGUUAGCAAAGCAAGUAGACCUAGAGCAAGCUUAGUAAAAGUAAGGCAUCUCAUGCAAGAGAAACUUAAUCAAUACAACAAGAUUCUUAAAAUGAACAAGUUAAUAUAUCAGGUGAAAACUUGCACCUUAACUAGUCAUUGAAAGACCACUUGUAAUAAGACUAUUCACAUCAGAGUAAUAUCCUUUAGAAUGAUGACGAAGAGCCAAUUUAAAUAUAAGAACAAAAUAAUGAGGGAGAACUAGACUUUAAUUCCUAGUAAUUAGAUGACGAAAAUAAGUAAUAAUAAGAUGACGACAAUUAUAUACAAUAAGAUGAGUAGAAUGAAUAAUAAUUAGAAUAGGAGGAUGAGUAAUAAUAAGAAUAACUUGAUAAAAAAUCUGAAUUAGAUUUUAAAUAGGAAUCUUAAAAUCAAGAUGAGGAAUAAGAAGAAUACUAAGAUUAAGAAUAUGAUGAAUACAAUACAAAUGAAUAAGAAGCUGGCUAAUAAGAUUAAAUAUAGCAAUAAGUUCAAGAGGUGAAGAAUUUAGAUGAUACUUACCCUGAAGAUCAUGAGGGUGAGCAAUAACUUUCAGACUAUGAAACUAAUAACUUUGAGGAAGAACCGAAUUCAAAAGCUUCAAAAGUUGAGCAGCCACCUGAAAGUAAUAUUUCAGAGUAGUAUAAGGAAUCUUUCGUACCACUUGACGAAGAAUCGAAAGGAGAAAACUAUUAGGAUGAUGAAGAAUUUAUUUAGGACAAUGAAUAUAACAGCAGUUAAUUGUUGACUAACCCUGGUUAAAGAGAUCCCUACCUACAGCAAUAAUCACUGACUUAAAAUUACACUUCUAAUGUAUUGUCUGAGAUGGUCACAAAUAAAUAGGAGGUCUAACCUCAUAUUAUAUAAGAUAGUAUCGAUUCUCAUGGCAUAACUCCCUUAAAGGAUCACUCAAUUCUUUCAAUCUAUAAUCAAGAUACCUCUAAAUUAGAUAAAAGCAUUGCUUUUAAUAAGACAAUAAAUAAUAAUGACAGCCUAGCACAAGAUCAAAUAUCUGAACACAAUGAGUACGACGAAUAUCAUGAAUAUGAUGAGGAAAUAUGA